AUGAAAACUUCCCAUCUGGCAAUGAUACAGGCGAUAUUUAUCGUGUCUGUAUGUGGCCAGGAUGAUAUUGUCUCGCAGUAUAUAAAACUUUACAAAACACUUGAGGAGAAGUUGUAUGGAAAAAUACGGCCAGUUUUAAACCAGUCAAAGUCAGUGACUGUAGAAGUUGAUGUACAUUUGUUAGGAAUUCAAGAACUGGACGAAAAGGAACAGAUAUUACAGUCUAGGAUUGCUCUUAACUGUCGUUGGAAGUAUGAAACUUUAAAGUGGAAUGUGUCUCAAUAUGGCGGAAUCAGAAAACUGAAUUUUUCACCAAAGAUUGCUUGGAUACCUGACAUUAUAAUAAGCAAUUCUGUUGACUCUAUGUUUGUUUUGACAGAUAACAACGGUGAUAUGAAUAGAAUAAAAAUAAUGAGUAAUGGAGAUGCAGAAUGGGAUUCUGGCGGGAACAUACGUACAACAUGUCGAAUAGAUAUUACUAAAUAUCCGUUUGACUCCCAAACAUGCAACAUUGUCAUUGGUAAACUUGAAUAUGACAGUGAAGUGUAUAUGUCUACAUCAUCUGAGAACGUUUUUACAACUGCUUUAGAAGGAAAUGGCGAAUGGAAAUUGAAAAGUGCAUUGAUAAAAGAGAAAACAGUCCAUCACAACGUUACUGAAAUUAUUGUUAUGUUAACUCUAUCACGUUACUGGUUUUUCUAUGUUGUCAACAUCAUGUUGCCAGUGGCACUCUUGUCUAUUAUGAUGGUGUUGAGCUUUAAGAUACCGCCCGUUAGUGGGGAACGGUUAGGAUACAAUAUGGCGUUACUCCUGUCUUUUGUUGUUCUUCUAAAUCUGAUUGGAGAAUCAAUGCCUAGAGUGUCUAAACAAGUGUCAUAUCUUCAGUUGUACGUAAGUUAUCAGCUCAGUACGUCAGUAGUGAUCACAAUGUUGUCAAUUUUACUGGUAAAAUUUCAAUUCACUAAAUCAGAAAUUAACAUACCAGUUGUUAUUAAACUCUAUUCAUUCUUCUGUCGAUGUAAAAGACAAAAAAGUGAGAUUUCAAACAAUGUUAAUGACAACAGCAGAAUCGAUAAACCUUCUGUUGAAAAUGAAGAGAAGAUCCAGUCGGAAUAUAAUGAUCAAAUGCUCGCAACUGACGCAGCACAAAUGAUUGAAAAACUUUUUACAUGGAUUUUUCUUGCCAUGUUUAUUCUGUCAACGAUUUUGUUUCUUGUAGUGGUAGCUACUUAA